AUCUUGUUGUGCAAUGGGUUCCAACUGCGUUGCUUCCACUUCCAUUGGCUGUUUGUUCUGCUGCAAGGGGUGCAAUGCUGAAAAAGUUCGGAACGCUUUCACGUUUAUACCUCCUCCACCAUCUUACACUGUGGAGGAAGAGGAAAAUGGCCAGAUGACAUACCUUAUGGAGGGCCUCGAGGCUUCGGACCUCUACCGAAAAGCCCGAGAGGCGUCCGAGAUGCAUUGGUUGACCACGAGGAUGGGGCACCGCGUCCCCAUGGUGUGGCUGCGGAGAUCCAAGUUGAGAGAACCCCGGGAGGCCAAUCGCGAAGAGGCGCUUGGCCAGCCUUUAGUUCUCCUUCACUGUCAUGGGAACGCAACGGACAUUGGGAUGAUGAUGGGUCCAUACUACGAACUCGGCAAAGUGCUGGGCAUUGAGGUCUGCGGCGUGGAAUACGCCGGCUACGGCGCCGCCUCGGGCAGGCCCAGCUCGGGCAACACCUACGCGGACGUUGAGGCAGCCUAUGACUACCUCGUGGCCAAGGGCAUUCCUCCCAAUAGGAUAGUUGCCUAUGGACAAAGCGUCGGAAGUGGCCCAGCGACCGCGUUGGCAUCAAAGAAGCCGUGCGGUGGCGUGGUGCUGCAUUCGCCGCUUCUCUCUGGAAUCAAGGUGGUGGACCCCAAACCCGACGUCUGCUGUCGUCCUUCCUGUGUUUGGAGCUGCUUUGACUUCUACCCAAACGAUCGGCGUGUCCGACAGCUGCUAUGCCCAUUGCUGGUGAUGCAUGGCCAACGGGAUGAUAUCAUCCCUUUCUACCAUGGCUUCCGAUUGCACAAGCAGUGCCCCAAGCAGUUCCGCUGGCCCGCCUACUUCCCACAGCGGGCAGGCCACAAUGACUUGGUGGAGACAGAUAUGCGCGCCUACUUUGGUGAGGUGGCCUCGUUCCUUCAAGAUGUCAGAAAAAUAGCUGAAGGGAACAAGGUGGACCCACCGACCCAAUCUUUUGAGAAGCCAUCCCAGGUACAGAUGGUCCUGAAACCGACCGAAUCUGAGCCAAGACAGGUGGAGAUGGCAGAGAUGUCUGAUUUCUUGACCUCAGGCCCAGAGAACCAGCCAGUGGUCAAAGUUGGGCCUGAGGAUGGUCGAUAUGAGGAGUUCCGAAAGGGCAACAUCCGAGUGCAAUUGGAACCCAAUGAGGCCAACGGCACCGGACAGGCGCGUGAACUGGGAUGAGAGGAAACACCUUGCCCGGAGAACGCUGGACAUUUCACGAAAAUAUGCAAAGCAAAUCCAAGUAAGGCAUAGUAAGGCCAUGUUUCGAUCUUGGAUUUGUUUUUUCUUGGAUCAAUGUUCACUUUGCAGAUGGCUUCAUUUCUCCCCCUUUCCGAAACCAUGAAACAUCCAAACCAUUCCAAGGGCAUAGGUUUCUUGCAGAUCUCUGGCCAGUCUUAAAGACGGCCACGUUCGGGUCACAAUUUCAGACUCUUUCCACUAGUUGUGCAGUUACCGACCUCGACGUUCGAUGUUUGCCGAUUUGAUGGCACUAGUUCCCACUGGCCCAUUGCCGAAGAUUGGGCAUUGGGCUGCACAGACAUCCGCGAAGUCUGAAAUGGCUCAUGGCUCUGGGUCAAAAUUCAACAAUCC